GCUAAUUUCAGGCUCGACCGCACUAUCCGGAUGCGGGAGGGGUUCUGGUCGCCUCCGCUCGCUCUUCGCUCUUUCGUGCCGGCCGGGUGACAUGAGGAGUUCUUGGCGCUGACGCGGAAGCUGAGGCGAGCCGGGAGCCCCCGCUUCCCGGCGACUUUGUUCUUGCGCUCUUCCGCCUCCCUUGUGGGUUCUUCGGCGAGGCGGCCGAUCCGCUCUUCCCCUCCCGCCAGAGGAUAUAUAUAAUGCUCUCUUUGGAUGUAAAUCCAUAAGGAAUGCGUUUUUCACAGAUCAGUACACUUCUUCUGAGGCAGAAUUCGCUUACAAAACAGUCCUUAAAUGGCAGCACAGAAAAGAAAAUCUGUGCUGGUAGAACCCUCUGCUAAGCGGCGGAAAUUGGAUAAAAAUAAUAGAUCAGUUUCUACUAGCAAGGAAAGAAAACUACAGGAUGCUAAAUAUGUAUCAAAUAAGAAAGCAGUGCUGAAGAAAGAAGUGCCCCAAAUCUCUGCCGCAACUAACAGGUCAGCUGUCAAUAAGUUUAUAAAUAGAGCUUCUCUACCAUCUUCCCAAAAUAAACAAGCACAAAGGAACUCCAAACAGACUUUAAAUGAGUUAAAGAAGAAAGCAUGUAAAAUGGUAUGCAUGAAAAGGACAUCCUUAACAUCUUUAGGUAAAUUAUGUCCUGCACAGACAUCACUGAAAUCUUCCAAAAUAAACCAUGUUAAUUCUCUGAACCUUUCAAAAUCUUCUUCCAAAAUCUGUUCUAGGGGGAAGAGAAAAUGCAACAUUGUCAAAAAUAAGACUUCCUAUGAAAACAAGAAGCAAAAUAAAUCAUCUGUAGAUACUAAAACAUGUUCUGCUGAAGCUCGGUGUAAAAGACAUGCAGCACUGUGUGGUAAAUCUAGUUAUAAGAACCUGCAUUCAAAAUCACGACUAAUCAAAGAAAAUACCAGAAAAAAUAAAAUUACAAAAUCUGGAAAAUAUCUUAGUAGUAGUAGUGGUAACCUAGAGGUUCAGAAUACUAAAAGCCCUUCUGUAAAAAAAUCAGCCUCUCAAAACACUGAAGCAAGGUGGGCUAAAACUUCAAGUGAAAAACCUUGUGAUUCUGACUGUAGAAAAAAAAGCAAAAUGGCAGUGGGCACUGAUUCUAUCAAAGCUGUCACAGUUAGGCAGGAACAGUUACCUGUCAAACAAACCGAGGAAGUAUCUCAGAAGGAGACAGUGCAGGGUCUUCCAAAGUCACAACGUGCUGUUUCACAUGAGCAUCAAACUAGAAGAUCACCAAGAUUGCAGCAGUCGUCUGAUGUUGCUACAAUAUCUUUGCGAAGCAGAAAAGUUAAAGAAACAUGUGCUUCUGUUACAAAGCAUUGCAGCCAGAUGAAAAAGCCGGUUCCACAACUUAAGCAUGAAAAGUCAAAACAUGUCCACCAGAAACCAGGAAAGUCCGUGAAAGACAGUGUAUAUCAAAAUAGAGGAAGAGAAAUAUCAGAUCAUAAGAAAAAGGGUUAUUUCCCAAAGAAAAAACAUGAAGUGGAUUCUAAAAUCAGCAAUUCAAUUACAUCUCAAGAUAAGCCAAGAGAAUUAAAUAAUUUGGAAAGCAAUCAAGAAUCUAAAAAAGAACUUGCUAACACAAUUUCCUGUCCUAUAAACUCAGCUUGCAGUAUAGUAAGUAAAGAAAAUUCAAAGCAUAAAAAUGGAAAAAUAAGUGUAAAAGCAGAUAGAGUUUUGCCAGUAGAACCUGCUUGUCAACAAGAGGAUGUGGUAAAAUCCAAAAAGAUUAGCAUUCUUGAACUGUGUGAAGAAAUUGCAGGUGAGAUUGAAUCAGACACAGUAGAGGUAAAAAGGGUUUCCCCUAAUACUGACUAUGGAAGAGAGGAAAAAAAAAGUCCAAUACUGGAGGUGCCACAGGCCAUAAUAUUAAAUGAUAUGAAAACUAACCAGAAUUCUCAGUGUAAGAGAUUUUUUCCCAGCAGAAAAGGAAUGUCUGUCAAAUGUACUGUGAAUGGCAGACAUAGUACUGGGAACAAAAAUUCUAAAUGGACCAAAAUAAAAUUAACUAAAGUUAAUCAUGUGAGCCAAAGUAUCUCAAGUACUCCAAAACUUGAUGUUGUUCCUCAGGAUCACUACAUUUUAAAACAAGCCAGAGCUAUAGAAAUACACCUUCCAGAAGUUCAAAGGAAAUUAAUAUUGCAAAACAAUGGUAGCACAAUAUGCAAACAGAAGUUAAAUACAGCUGAUUUUGAAGGAAUCCAGACAAAAGAUAGAAUAUUGCAUGCUGAACAGUCCACUGUACAGGUUAUAGAGAAUGGUUUGUCUGAGGCAAAGCACUGUCCUGAGCCAACACCAGACAAGGGCUUCAAUUUAGAUUUGGGCACACAUCCAGAAAAUACACCAGUGAAAAUAAUUACAGAACAAGCACCAGUGAAGCAAGAAAAAAGAGAGACAACAGAAAUCAAAUCUCAAGAUCCAGUUCAUAAACAAUUGGUUCAGACUCUUUUUGCUAAUAAAACCUCUGAGACAAAUGACAGCAGGGCAUCUGUGCCAAAGAUUCCAUUAACAACAAAAUGUGGUGGCUUUCUUUCAUCUGAAGAACAUAUUCAAAAAUUAAAAGAAGCAGCAAAAGAUGGUGAUAAGCAGCUAAUUAUAGAUGCAGGACAAAAACGGUUUGGAGCUAUUUCCUGUAAUAUUUGUGGGAUGCUUUAUACUGCUUCAAAUCCUGAGGAUGAAACCCAGCAUUUGCUCUUCCAUAACCAGUUUAUAAGUGCUGUAAAAUAUGUGGGGUGGAAAAAAGAGAGAAUUUUGUCUGAGUAUCCUGAUGGCAAGAUAAUAAUGGUCCUUCCUGAUGAUCCCAAGUAUGCACUGAGAAAGGUUGAUGAAAUCAGAGAGAUGGUAGAUAAUGAUCUGGGAUUCCAACAAGCUCCUCUAACAUGCUCCAGAACGAAGACUCUAUUGUUUAUCUCUAAUGAUAAAAAAGUAAUUGGCUGCUUAAUUGCAGAACAUGUUCAGUGGGGAUAUAGAGUUAUUGAAGAAAAGAUUCCAGAUAUUAGUUCAGAAAAUGAUAAGCUCACUUUUGAAAGGCAAAAGGCCUGGUGCUGCUCAACAACUCCUGAGCCUGCCAUCUGUGGCAUUAGUCGCAUUUGGGUAUUCAGCAUGAUGCGGCGGAAGAAAAUUGCUUCUCGAAUGUUAGAGUGCUUGAGGAACAACUUUAUAUAUGGCUCAUACUUAAGUAAAGAAGAAAUUGCUUUUUCUGACCCUACUCCAGAUGGAAAAUUGUUUGCAACACAGUAUUUUGGUACUAGUCAAUUUUUGGUAUAUAAUUUUCUCAAUGGACAACAGCCUCCAAGUGAUAACAUUUAUAACAAAAGGUAAUGGGAAAUCAUUAACUCUGUUGCUUGAUUGCUGAUGUUGACCAACAGAUUUGGACAUUUAUUAGCAGUGAACUCAGGAGUAGUAACAACCAAAAAAGAUGACGGUUGUAUUUUAUUAAAACUGUAAAUAGCACAGAAGUAGGGUAAUUUUAAAAGAUAUUUUUAUAAAAAAAUAUGUAUUAUCUCUAGUACAGUAGCCAUGUUUACAUGAAGCAGAUAAUUUGUUCAUAGUGGACUGUCAAAUAGUGCAAGAACAAUGGUCGCCUUUUAAGUAUAUUUUGAAGUUCACAAUGUAAUAGUAUACCAAGGCAAAGAGAGUCAAUCUGUAUUUGGUAGAAGUGUGAAAGCAUUCUGUGUUCAAGAUCAUCAAUAAAAACUAGUGUCUAAUAAAAGUCUGUAACUGGUUCAGUAUGAAUGGAAAUAAUAGUUUUAAAAGGAGGAUAUUAGCUCCUUUUGAAAAGUAUGCCUCAACUAUACUUUAGCAAUAGCAACCUGGGUAUAUACUUUAAUUUGUGGACUUCACUUGAUACUUUAACCUAAACCCCUCUUGUUUCAGAGGGUGUAUAUAAUGAAAAAACUACUGUGGCCUUUCUUGACAUGUAUAUAAUGUAGAUUAAAAAAGAAAACAUUUGAUAACUUUUAAAUAAUCUACUAAUGCUAAAUGUAUUUAAGCAAUGUCUUUGAUAUUAUUGACUAUUAAAAGUUGAUUGAAACACUG